UACUUAUGAAACGUGAUAUUUAUACUUUUAAUAUUUCUUCAAUCUUAAAUUAAAACGUAGUAUUUACAUAUCAAUUUUUUAUCUUUUUUUUUUGUUAAUUAAACUAUUGCUAAGUUUUAUAUUAACUGUUACUUAUUUAGAUACUUCUUGGUGACGGAAUUAUGUGCUCCAAAUAUGCUUAUCAAAAUCUUAACACAGUCAAAGAGCAUUCUGAUUGGGCCAUAACACUUCUUAUAGGAGUUUAUGGUGACAAGGCCCGAAAAAUGAGAUACAAAAAACCCCAAAGUCCAGAUCUAGAAUCGUUUUCAAAUUCUUUUGUAAACGUUGCUAAAUAUUAUUACAGGAAUUGGCUUGAAAAUUUGACAAUUGAAAAUACUGAAGAUCGCAAAUAUAGUUCAGCUCAAGUGGAAGAUCUAGUUAAUAGUCUCCCUGCAUAUCUUUCGAAAAGAUGUAUCGACAUGAAUGGAUCCCGUAUUUAAAAAAAUAGUGAAGGGUCGCAAAGACAGUCU